UGGGAAUUGAACUCAGGACCUCUGGAAGAGCAGUCAGUGCUCUUACCCGCUGAGCCAUCUCUCCAGCCCUAGUUUUUACACUUUUAUAUUUUAGAUAAUACUAUCUCUUAGAAAGCUGAAGAUUAAGAUGAUUUCAACUACUUUGUAUUUUCUUUGUGUGCAGAGGGGUGGGAUUUAGCAGAUGGUGCUGUUUGUACUGUCUCCUGGGGUGGUUUUUGUAACUUUGUGUUUUUAUACAGAGAAGUGCUCCAUUGUUUUUUUUUUUUUUUUUUUUUUUUUGGUUCUUUUUUUUUUCCGGAGCUGGGGACCAAACCCAGGGCCUUGCGCUUCCUAGGUAAGCGCUCUACCACUGAGCUAAAUCCCCAGCCCCGUGCUCCAUUGUUAACAGAAAUAUUCUUACUGUUAUUGCUUUGCCAUCUUUCAUGAGGUUUAAGAAUAAAACAAUGUCUUUUGUGAUCCAGAAUUAGAAAGAUGCAUGUGCUUAGUUUAAUUUACAGUGAGCAGCAGUUUUCCUAUCUCAGGCUUUGAGAUAGGAAUGCCUAGGUUCCUAUAAGGAUUCCUUCUAUAUGAUUAGAACACUUGUAGCCCAGAUUGGCCUCAAACUCGUAACUCUUCUGCCUUAGCCUCCCAAGUGCUGGGAUCACCAGGGCUAUGCAUAGUAAGUUUGAGGCCAGCCUAGCUUACACAGUGAGAUGCUCUCAAGCAAAAGGAAAGAAAGAGGCUCUGGUUAACAGACAGUACUCAGUGCUGUCCUUGCCUCGUAAUCUUUUCUUUUAACUGAAAUAGUCCAUUUCUAGGUGGGAUAACUGUUUGGUGUACUUAGGGCUGGUAUUUUUCUGUUAGUUUCAUUACUUUUUGCUUAUUCCUUUCAUAGGUUCCUUUCAGAUUAAGUAUUUUUUUUUGUAUACUAUAAUCAGAUAAUGGGCUGGGCAUGAUAGCCCACACUUUUUUUUUUUAAGAUUUAUUUAAAAAAAUAUAAAUACACUGUAGCUGUCUUCAGACACCAGAAGAUGGUGACAGAUCUCAUUACAGAUGGUUGUGAGCCACCAUGUGUGGGUGCUGGGAUAUAAACUCAGGACCUCUGGAAGAGCAGUCAGUGCUCUUUUUUUUUUUUUUUUGUUCUUUUUUUUCAGAGCUGGGGACCGAACCCAGGGCCUUGCGCUUCCUAGGUAAGCGCUCUACCACUGAGCUAAAUCCCCAGCCCCGCAGUCAGUGCUCUUAACCACUGGGUCAUCUUUCCAGUCCAAUUAAGUAUUUUCUUAUAAUCCCAUUUUUAUUCCUAUGUUUUUGUCUGGUUAUACCUUUUUGCAUGUUUCAAAGAUUAUUUUCAGAAUUGUAAUUUUCAUCUUUAAUUUGUAUUACCAUCAAUUGAGAGGUGAGGUACUAGGCUGGGUAUAACUUAGUGCUUGCUUCCUGUGAUGGAGACUUGGACCUCCGUCCAGCACUGCAAAGAAAACGUCAGAGAGAGCUUCUUUGUAAUGGUGCUUCCUGACCCUCAUGCCCAUAACGGGUGUUGUGGAAGGAGAGAACUGCCUGCCUGUAUCACACAUGCCAUAGCACCUGCAGAUCUACCCACGGACACAGCAGAUCUACCCACAGGCCCUGCAGAUCUACCACAAUCCCACGCCCUCCUCACAUAAUAGUAAAUAAACCUUGACACUUAGUGUGCUGCUUCAAUGAGCUGUAGAAACCUUGUAGCAAAUGUAACCUUUGCAUUUAUGUAACACCUUGAUGCUGUUUUAUUUAAAGAAACCACCAGCUGUGUAUAUAUGGUGUGUGUACACAUAUAUACAGGGAUUUUUUUCCAGCAGCAGUGAGAGGUUUUAAACAAUUUUAGUGACGUUUUCAUGUAUGUAUUACAUAUGAUAUAUGUGUAUUAUAUAUACAUGUAUAUAUAUAUAUAUCAAUGUAUCACACACACAUAUCAUUGUUCUCUGCUUGUUUUUUGAAUUUGUUUUUUAUUUUGAGACAAGGUUUCUCUGUAUAGCUCUGCUGUGUGGUAACUUAGGCUAGCCUGGACUAAGUUUCUCAUUAGAAGCUGUGGCAGGCAUUUGCAGUUUGGGCUGAGUAAGAUUUGAGCUGAUUUAGUCAUCUGUAGAUGUAGCCAUCUUUAGAUGGCUUCUGUUAGGAUGAGACCCAUAGUCAAGGGAUGACAAAGCCGCUGUGGUAACAUGCUUAGAAUUCCAGUGCUUAUGGUGCUGAGGCAGGAGGACUGGGUUUAGGCCAGCUGGGGCACACAGGAAGAUCCUUUUUGAGAAGUGGAGUGUGGCGGUGGGGUCGGCAUCUUUAAAUAGACUAGGGCAGAUAACUCGAGCCAGAGUGACUUCCCGGGCUGGCCACAGUACCAGAAGUAGUGAGCCUGCGUCAGAGUCUGCCAAAGGGGAGCAUCCUUCUUAUGUACUAGUGCUGUCGUCCGUGACUGAGAGAGAUGACAGGAGAUAGGAACAGAUAUGGUUGUUUAAUGUAUGUCUGCAUUUAAAUUAAUGAGGAUAUUUAUCAAAACAGAUGCCAUAGGCCUCGUUCUAGACUUGCAUAGUCAAUAUCUGAGUAUGUGGUCCAGGAGUGUGCCUUUCAGAUGACCUCCAUGCUGGUCUUGAGCACAGUGAUACUUAACAGUAGCCACUACCAGGCGCUUCCCUGCUCUGCCCACCUUUUGUGAACCAGAAUCAUGUUUAUCUGUGAAGCCAUGUGAGACUCUGAUGAAACAGUUUGGUCAUAGUCAUAGAAUUCUAGAGCCUGCAUAAAGGUGCCUGACAAGCUCAGCUGCAGCCUGACAUCAUGAAGGGGAGAACUGAGGGCAAAUGAGUGUCCAGUGGCUCUCACAGUUCUCUAGUUCACAAUGAGAAAGGUAUCUUAGGAGUUAGAGGAGAAGUCAUGUGGACACUUUCUGCACUAAUUGGUGUGGAUGACUACAGCUCAGAGUCUGAUGUGAUUAUUAUACCUUCAGCCCUGGACUUCGUCUCACAAGAUGAAAUGUUGACACCCUUGGGGAGGCUGGACAAGUAUGCUGCAAGUGAGAACGUCUUUAACAGACAAAUGGUGGCCCGGAGUUUGCUGGAUACUCUGAGGGAAGUCUGUGGUGAGGAGAGAGACUGCAUUGCUGUCUUGGAAAGGAUCAGCCGAUUGGCUGAUGACUCAGAACCAACCGUGAGAGCCGAGCUGAUGGAACAGGUGCCGCACAUCGCACUGUUUUGUCAAGAGAACCGACCUUCCAUACCAUAUGCCUUUUCCAAGUACUUACUGCCAAUCGUGGUUAGAUACCUUGCAGACCAGAAUAACCAGGUGAGGAAAACCAGCCAGGCAGCUUUGCUGGCUCUGCUGGAGCAGGAGCUGAUUGAGCGACUCGAUGUGGAGACCAAGGUGUGCCCCGUCCUCAUAGACUUGACUGCCCCAGACAGCAAUGACGAUGUGAAGACAGAGGCCGUGGCUAUAAUGUGCAAGAUGGCCCCCAUGGUUGGGAAAGAUAUUACAGAGCGUCUCAUCCUCCCUAGGUUUUGUGAGAUGUGCUGUGACUGUAGAAUGUUUCACGUCCGAAAGGUCUGUGCUGCCAAUUUUGGAGACAUUUGCAGCGUAGUUGGCCAGCAAGCUACAGAAGAAAUGCUGCUGCCCAGGUUCUUCCAGCUGUGUUCUGACAAUGUGUGGGGCGUCCGGAAGGCCUGUGCUGAGUGCUUCAUGGCCGUCUCCUGCGCGACAUGCCAAGAAAUCCGACGGACAAAGUUGUCAGCACUGUUUAUUAACUUGAUCAGUGAUCCUUCACGUUGGGUUCGCCAAGCAGCCUUUCAGUCCCUGGGGCCUUUCAUAUCCACAUUUGCUAAUCCAUCAAGCUCGGGCCAGUGCUUCAAAGAUGAGAGCAAAAGCUCAGAAGACAAAGACAGGAUCAGAGACGAUGGUGUUGUACAAGAAGAGCAGAGCAGGCCAGAGGACGCACCUUCAGACCUCAGUGCCCCUCACUCCAGUGCCAGGCUGGACGGCACACUUGAAGGCUGUGCUGCCGAGACGCCUGGGGACUCUGCAGGUGACAUGCGUGUUCCAGCGGACAGCUCCUUACUCUGUACUUUGUCCUCAGAGUCUCCUCAGGAAGCAGCUAGUGACGCUGAGAGUGGUAAAAAGCACGAUAACAACAGCAAGUCUGCGUCCCGGCCAGACGUUGGCACCAGCUCCCCAGAGCCCACUCCCUUAGAUCAGGAAAUGUUCAACUCCUUCCAUUUCUGGAGGACUCCUCUACCCCAGAUAGAUCUUGAUAAAGAGCUCCAACAGGACCCUGGGGAGAGGCCCAGCCCAGAGAGAACAGGAGAUGCACCUGCAGCCCCUGUACCAGGUUCUCCCAGUAUCACCAUGGCUACCCGGAAGGAACUAGAAGAAAUGAUAGAAAACCUAGAGCCGCACAUGGAUGACCCGGAUGUUAAAGCCCAGGUGGAAGUGCUGUCGGCCGCCCUGCGCGCUUCUACCCUGGAUGCUCACGACGAGGCUGGCGGUGCAGAGCAGCGGAGUGAGCUGCAGGACGACGCAGUGGGUGCCGGCGGCGAGCUUCCAAACUGUAGCAUCAGCGAAGACACUUCUGAGCCUCUGGUCAUCGCUGCUGAGGAGAAUAUGGAGGCCACUCCUGACUAUAUCCAUGGAGGUGCGGAUGUAGGCCCCGGUGGCGGUGGUGGCUUCAGCUCGGAUGAAGAGAGGAGACCCAAAGUCCAGGAUGUCGUACCACAAGCGUUACUAGACCAGUACCUGUCAAUGACCGACCCUUCUCGAGCACAGACAGUCGACACCGAGAUCGCUAAGCACUGUGCAUACAGUCUGCCGGGUGUGGCUCUGACCCUUGGCAGACAGAACUGGCACUGCUUGAGAGAGACUUACGAGACCCUAGCGUCAGACAUGCAGUGGAAAGUUCGAAGAACUCUGGCCUUCUCCAUCCAUGAGCUCGCGGUGAUUCUCGGGGACCAGCUGACAGCAGCAGACCUGGUUCCGAUUUUUAAUGGGUUUUUAAAAGAUCUUGACGAAGUCAGGAUAGGUGUUCUCAAACACUUGCAUGACUUUCUGAAGCUUCUUCAUAUUGAUAAAAGAAGAGAGUACCUUUAUCAACUCCAGGAGUUUUUGGUGACAGACAACAGUAGAAAUUGGCGGUUUCGAGCUGAACUGGCAGAACAGCUGAUUUUACUUCUAGAAUUAUAUAGUCCCAGAGAUGUUUAUGAUUACUUACGUCCCAUUGCUCUGAAUCUGUGUGCAGACAAAGUUUCUUCAGUCCGUUGGAUUUCCUACAAGUUGGUCAGUGAGAUGGUGAAGAAGCUACACAUGGCGACGCCGCCAACGUUCGGAGUCGAGCUCAUCAAUGAGCUGGUGGAGAACUUCGGCAGGUGUCCAAAGUGGUCGGGCCGGCAGGCCUUCGUCUUCGUGUGCCAGACUGUCAUUGAGGACGACUGCCUCCCCAUGGACCAGUUUGCUGUGCACCUGAUGCCACAUUUGCUGACCUUGGCAAAUGACAGGGUUCCCAACGUUAGAGUGCUGCUUGCAAAAACCCUUCGACAGACUCUACUAGAGAAAGAAUACUUCUUAGCCUCUGCCAGCUGUCAUCAGGAGGCCGUGGAGCAGACAAUCAUGGCCCUUCAGAUGGAUCGAGACAGUGACGUCAAGUACUUUGCAAGCAUCCACCCGUCCAGUACCAAACUCUCUGAAGAUGCAAUGAGUACAGCUUCCUCCACCUACUGACCCCUGACCCACGGUGUCCUUCCUGCAUCCGCGAGAGCCUGGCCUCAGCCGCCUGCGCCACUCGGGACAGCUGUGGUGGUGGGGCCUCCCUCCUGCCAGCUCAUUCGCAGGUGCAAGUUGCCUACUCCCAUACCAGUGGUUUUAAGAGUCAAGAGAAAGUACAGUAAACACUAUUAUCUUAUCUUGACUUAGGGAAAGUAAACUCUCAGAGGAUUAUAAUUGUCACCAAAGCCUUAACUCAUUACUUCCUCUUCCUGACUGAAUGACUUGAAUUGGCAGAGCAUUUUCCCUUCGGGAAGGAGGAGGUUCCCAGAGACCUGCGCUGCUUUCUCCUGGUUUUAUUUAACGCUGGUAAAUGGCAUUCUUACCGCCGGAAGGUGGACACGCACCGGACAGGGAGGCCUGGGUAUUAGCCCAAGCACUUGUCCCAGGUGCGAGUCUGCUCGGCUCCUGGGCUGCCCUGCCCAGCCCUAAGUGUGAAUAGUUCUUGGCGUGUAUAAAUGACAGGAGUUUUUCCUCUCCUAAGGGCUUGAUGUUAACACUAAGUAGAAUCUGAUUUUGACUCCUAAUGCAGCACAUUGCUGUACACAUUUACAGAAUGUUUGCAGACUCUCUCCCGACUCUUUUCAUGCUGGUCAUGACGUGAAGGGGACUUCUCAGCAGAUAUUGUGUCAGGUGUUCUUAACUUGAUCAUGGUCAGCUCUGAGGUGCGACUUUCCUUCCCAUGCUGCACACCCCUGUGGCCACGCUGGGGCAUGCAGCCUUAAUCAUGCUGUUAGAACUGUUGUGGUACAAAUUCCAAAUAAAAUUUAUUAAUAGGA